AUUUAACACCUAACUUAUCAAUAGCACUGUAUCGUUAUAUGUGUCAUAAUAUAGUUGGAACAGAAGCUUAUGUUAAACGAAUCAGAUUAUUAAACGCUGUCAGGGACGAUAUAGCAAGUAACAAGAUGUUGGCUCACGUAACAAGUGGAAGCUUUGGGGAAGGACUCGAGAUGCGCGGGAGUGAUUUAGAUUUAAUAAAACAACAUGUUCGAGAACAAAAUAGAGGGCCGUGCUCGUGAAAUACUGUUGGAGAAACUAUUAACGUUGCAUAGCUACGGUUGGAGAUGCAUCUUAUUAUCGAGUCAAAUAUCGAAGUUCGAUGUAUCAAUGUGGAAUAUUCCCAUCGAACCUCAAACCAUGUAUGUAAAGGAAAUUGCCAAAAUUAUGAAAUCCAGGUUAUUGAAUUCUGGGUAUAUUGCGGUACAUAAAGGCAACAGUAGUAUACCGCUGUUCAAAUCGGUGAAAUCAAUCUUUAAUAACAGAAUAAUACAGAGGUUUUCGUGUCAACAUGCUUCCAUAAAACACUUAUAUAAAUACUGCAUUUCAAAUGUGUGUAAUUCAGAUGCUCAGUUUGAAGAUCUGGAAAGUACAGUAUGUGAUAAUAAAUAUCAAUACAAACUAUAUAAAUCUUGUCUUAGUAUUCUGCUGAAAAAUGUUUACCAUGACGUUGUAUCUGGAUGGCUGAUGGUAGCUUCUUUUUUCUUCAAGAGAAAACAAUAUAAUACAGCUUUACACUUAAUAAUCUAUUCUUUAUCAAAAUGUACCACCGAAAAACUUUAUCAUUGCAUGACUUUGUCGGAUAUCCAUUACCAUAUGCUAAAACUGCAAACAUUUUUGAAGAACAGUUUUGUUUGUUUGUUGAAAGUAAUGUACGUUGACAAUGUAAAGUUUGAGAGGAAUUCGACGUUAAUACCAAAUGAACUUCAAAUUGACGGGUCGAAUGGAAUACAUCAUUUUCCAUCUGCAGCGUAUGCUUAUUUCCUAAAAUUUCUUUGUCAUUAUCAUCUAAAUGAUGUGGGACAAUGUCAGAAUUCCCUCCAUUAUUUAAAACUGAUAAUAAAGCAAAAUUAUUUAAUAGGAUAUAGUAUGCGUCAUAAAGGAGAAGCCUUCAAUCUACUUGGAGUUGCUCUACUUUUAUUCGGCGACAAGGAAUAUGCACGAAUAAUUUUAAAACACUCUGCUGACUAUUUCCCAGAUCAUAACAAAUUUGCUGUGAGGAGGCUUUUGUUAAUGAAUUGAA